AUGGCGCCAGGUUCUAGUCCAGUCCUUGCCGGGGGAACCGUGACAUCUGCCGAAGCCGGGUCGGCAGCCUCGAGAUCGAAUCCGAGGACAUCCAUCCAGGUCCUGUGCCAGACGAGCAGGGCUAUUCGACUUGUGGAUGAUGGGUCUGGAAAUCCGACACGUCAAUGCUGUGUGCAGUACCCUUAUUCCACGGCCUUUUCGAGUGCCUUCUCUUGGAGAGGGACACAGUCUGUCUCAACGACAGCGCGCUCCUCAUCCAUCGGUUCUCACUGCCUGGUUUGGACGAAGGAGUCACAGUCGCCAUCAUCGAAGCAGGCAGGGAUGAAGGCAAUAACCCUAAUGUCACAGCAGCAGGCUUCGGAACUCGCGUUUGACAAGCUGGUCGACUGGCAAUACGAGACAACAGAGCAGGAAGAAUACUGCAGGUUGGCAACUUGGAUACCAUGCCGGGAAAGCAUUCAGGGGAGAGUGAGACGAGCACAGUUAACGAGAAUCGGCCAAACCUUUUAUGAUCCAUGGUAUCGCGAAAAGAACAACGUGGGUGGAUUUGAAGAUGGGUAUAAGGUAUCUGCGGAGGGAGAGUAUCAAAACUCUGUAUGCCAGCAAAGAGGUCAUUGUUUCAGCAGGCUCCUCCUAGAACUCUCCGAGGUGGGAAAUCCAAAAACAGGCCAAGUAUUGAAUCUUGACGAAGCCAUAAUCUUGUUUCUGCCUUCUGGGCGCUUCUGCCGUUCUCAAGGCCGCGUGCAUAUCAAAUCCGGAGACGCAUUAACAUACGACCUUAUCAACCCAAAUUACUUCAUGGCUGGUCCCCGUGCAAUCGCAUGUUGUUGCGCGCAUCUCGCCUCCACUUUCAACGAUCUCGACCAAGCCACGGAUGAAGAGUGGAGCGCGUGA